AGUGAAAAGGCAAAUAGAAUCCUUUUCGGAUAAAAAUGUGGAUGUAGGUUCAUCAGUUGGAAUUAAAGGAGGAUUGGACUCUUUUUCUGCUGAAAAUGUUGACGUCGCUUCACCUCUAGGAGUGAAAAGGGGAGUGAAUUCUUUUUCGGCUGUAAAUGUGGAUGCUGCUUCGUCAGCUGGAGUGAAAAGGCAAAUAGAAUCCUUUUCGGAUAAAAAUGUGGAUGUAGGUUCAUCAGUUGGAAUUAAAAGAGGAUUGAACUCUUUUUCUGCUGAAAAUGUUGACGUCGCUUCACCUCUUGGAGUAAAAAGGGGAGUGAAUUCUUUUUCGGCUGUAAAUGUGGAUGCUGCUUCGUCAGCUGGAGUGAAAAGGCAAAUAGAAUCCUUUUCGGAUAAAAAUGUAGAUGUAAGUUCAUCAGUUGGAAUUAAAAGAGGAUUGAAUUCUUUUUCUGCUGAAAAUGUUGACGUCGCUUCAUCUUUUCGAGUGAAAAGGGGAGUGAAUUCUUUUUCGGCUGUAAAUGUGGAUGCUGCGUCAUCAGCUGGAAUUAAAAGAGGAUUGAACUCUUUUUCUGCUGAAAAUGUUGACGUCGCUUCACCUCUUGGAGUGAAAAGGGGAGUGAAUUCUUUUUCGGCUGUAAAUGUGGAUGCUGCGUCAUCAGCUGGUGUGUAUUUUUAUAAUUGA